AUGAAUUGUGAUGGGCAACAAACACUUGAUUUACUUUAUGCAGCCGAAGAACUUGGUCUUACAGAAAUCUUGGAAUGUAUUCAACGUCAAAUAACUCAACAUGAAGCUGAAUGGAUGGAUAGUAAUUUCAUCAAACAUCAUGAUAAAAUUUUCAGGCAUGAUAAUUUCAAGACACUUCAAGUUUAUUACACGAACAAAAUUGCAACGAUGCCUACGAGUAUAUUCGAUACACAUGAUAGUUUUAGCCCAGAAAUAUUAAGAUCGCUUGAUAAACGUGGGUGUAUUAAAUUGGAUGAAGCUAUCUGGGGUUACAUCGUCAACUGGGCAAAACAUCAAAUUCCAAGAUUAGGAAAUAGAGUUUCUGGAUGGGCAAAAGAAGAUUGGGAUGAAUUCAAAAAUGCACUUGCACAAUGUAUUCCAUGGGAUGCUGUUUUAUCAUUAAAUUGGAAUGAAUUUCACGAUAUUUUAGUUCCUUGUGAACCAUUCUUACCAUCGGAUAAAUUCGAAUAUGCACUUAGACAACAAUUAAAAAAAGCUUGCGGAUCAUCAGUUAAAAUUUCAUCACCAAUUUCUUUUCAAUUUAAUGAUACAAUUAUCAAUAUUUGUCAUGCAACAUUAAUUUCAGAUAGUUUUAUUUUCAAUUUUGAUGAAAAUAAAGCGGAAAUUACUAGACUUAAUACAAUUGCAAUUCAUAAAAAAGCGGGAUAUGGUCCUUGUUUUGGCACUAAAGGUUUAUUAUCAUUCCCGAAUGGAAAAAGGUCAAUUUUGUGGAAAACAAGUGAUAAUUCGGAUUCAUUGUCAGUUUUAGAUUACGAAGUUUUUCAGAUUGUGGAAAAACCUAGAAGAUCUAAUCUUGGAUCUACAUCACAUCUGAGUAAUGGAAUAUCUCAUAAAAAGAGAUAG